CCACCAAUUUGUGUGAAUACAGCUUGUAAUGUACAACAUCUAAAAUGUCAGAAAAUAAGAAAAUCCCCUUGCCUGGAAAGCAAGAAUUACCUACGAAUCAAUAUAUGUAUGAUUUAAUUUCGGAAAAUAACAACCUGCCAUCUACCGGGAAAACACCCGCUUAAACGGAAGUAAACAUGUGUCAGCCAUGUUAAUGAUUCUGAACUUGAAAAAUCAUGAAAAAUGUUCAAGAAAGAAUACUAAGUAGGUCCUAACUGAAAAAAAAUUAUUCUGCAGCUUGAAAAAAAAUGUUUUGAAAUUGGAGUCUGACAUUAAUUUUUCUGCUUUAAAACGUCGGGGCAUUUGAAUGAUUUGAUGUGUUGCUUUGUUUUGAUUGUUUGACAAAACACCGUCGGAUCAACAAUUUGUUUCAGAAUUGUAAGAGAACAAUUUAACUGACUACAUGGUUAAAAUGAGCAUUUCGUCAGUACCGUCUGCAGGGUCUAGUGCUCGAAGUACCCCUGUACCGACGCAGAAUUCACCGGGGCCAGGACCAUACAAACCGAUUACUCCCAGCCAAUAUGGAGCAUCAAUCGGUAAACAGAGUGACGAGGAACUCCGAAGAAAGGGGGUAGAUGAUCUCCUACGCAUGGUGCGACGUCUUGAGUCGGAAAACAGGUCAAUCAUUGCUGAACACAGUGGUAUCAUCAAGGACGUAAAUCGACGUAUUCAGGUUUACAAUCUAGAAAUGAGGGGUCUGAAGGAUAUUAACCAAAAAUUACAGGACGACAAUCAAGAACUGAGAGACUUGUGUUGCUUUCUGGAUGAUGACAGGCAAAGAAGCCGGAAGCUGGCACGUGAGUGGCAGCGCUUCGGUCGAUACACUGCGUCAGUCAUGAGAAGUGAGGUGUCCGCAUACCAAGAAAAACUCAAAGCUCUGGAAAGCAAGCAGGAUGAACUUAUCUCAGAAAACUUGGAACUUAAAGAGCUCUGUUUGUAUCUUGAUCAGGAGCGUGUCCAUUUUACCCAAACAAGAGAUGAUGGGGAUGGUAGCAGUAAUAGUACAACAGCUGGGAAUGAAGAAAGUGUACAGUCACCUCAGAUUCCUGAUGUAGCUGUGACCAAUGAAUUGAACAGAAGAGAUUCAGGUCAAGGUUACAUACAGCAGUUAGAGACACAAGUUAAACAGCUGGAAAAAGAGAAAUCAGAUUUACAGAAGUCAGCACAAAGAUUUCCAAGUUCAUCCAAUGAUAAACAGUCCCCGAGUCCACCCUCUCACCCACAACUCCGAGGUUCUCCUGUCAAACCAGUGCAGAGCCUUUUCCCCACUGAACAAAGAGGUACCCCAGUGGGUAAAAAUGGAGGGGAUCAUCACUCCUCUACCCCCAGCACCCCCAGCACUGUGGCAGAGACCCCCUCCAAACCAGAGGCUGUUGUGCAUGCUAUGAAGGUGUUGGAAGUCCAUGAACAGUUAGAACGCCCUAAGACUGAGGUUGGUGGGGAAAAUCUAGAUGACAAAGAAAAGGCCAUUGUCAGAGAAAUGUGCAAUGUUGUAUGGAGGAAACUAGGGGACACUGGAUCUGAAAGAAGAACCCCACACCCUGUCUAUGAGAAUAUUCCACCACCCCCACCACCAUUACCCCCUCCCCAUAGGCAGCCAACACACACUCAAAUGGGUGAAACAAGAAAGCCACCAUUAUCAUCUAAUGCUCCCAAGGACUAUCAACAGAAUAAUUCCCAGAGUUACCUCCCUUCUCAAACAUCACCACAGUACAAUGCACCAUCAGAUCCCUUUGGCCAUUCUUCUCAGCCCUCUACCCCAGGGGGCCCCAUUCUUCAAUGCAAUACUACAGUCCCACAUCCAGGAUCUUCCCAUACAGUGCAUUCUCACAACUUACCCCACUACCAGCAAUAUAGAUCCCCACCUCCCCAGUACCCUAACGAGAGACCCCCUACUUCCGUGUCCUCCUACGAUAGUGACCAUAGCUCCUAUCAUUCAAAGUCUUAUGACAGGCCACACCUACCCUCUAAUUUCUACAAUGAUAGACAGGGGAACAAAAGCCAGCAUGACCAAUCACAUGCUCAGUAUCAGCAUAGGGCAAGUUCACAUUCAGACCUGGUACCACCCCCUUCUCCCAGACAGCCCUACAAGAAAAAUUACUCCAACUCAGAUGUCAGAGGGAGAGAUCACAGAAGGGGGCAGAUUCCAGCACAGGAGGCAUAUAAUUAUAACCAAGAACUGAAGGAUAGAGGAAGACCUAGAGAGAGCAGUGCUUCACGGGAGGUGCGGGAAGGUAGCUAUUCAAGAGAGCAAAGUGCCUCAGAAAAAGGUGAUCCUAGGUUAAAGAGGGAUUCCCGUACUCCAGAUCCUUGGGAUUUCAGAAAUCCUAGACAUGAGGCCAUUUCUAAAACCAGUAAAGGGUCCUAUCACUGAUAAGUAAUUUUACUUUAUGUUUCUGGGGACAUAAUCCUUGGAUUUGCAAUUUAUUUAUUGCAUGUAUACAAAUUUACACGUAUUUUUUCUCUCAAUUAAUUUGUAGAUUUAUUGUUAUUGAACAAAUAUUUUGAAUAUUAGAAUUUGACAUUACAGCAUUUAUGGUGUGACGUGCCAUGACAAGCAUUUACAUGUUGGAACAACCAUUCCUUUGCAAUCUCAAUUAAAAAAAGAGUUAUUCAGUGCAAGUGUUAGGUAAAAAU